AUGGAGGAAGACCUUGAGCCGUCGUCCCAAGGCUGGCUAGGUGGUUGGUUGCCAGCCUGGCGGCCCACAUCUAUGUCUCACCUCAAGAAUGUGGAAGCUCGGAUCCUGCAGUGCCUCCAGAACCGAUUCGUGGCCCGCUACGUGCCUCUCCCGAACCAGGCCAAAAUCUGGACCAUCUCGCUGUCGCCACAAUGGGGCAAGGGUCGUACCCCUUUGGUGAUGGUGCACGGCUUUGGGGGCGGCAUCGGGCUUUGGAUCCUCAACCUGGACUCGCUGAGCCACCGCCGUCCCCUCCAUGCCUUUGAUCUCCUGGGUUUCGGGCGCAGCUCGCGGCCCCCGUUUCCCCAUGACGCCCAAGGGGCCGAGGAAGCAUUUGUGAGCUCCAUCGAGGCCUGGCGCGAGGAGAUGGGCAUCCCCAACAUGAUCUUGCUUGGCCACAGUUUGGGCGGGUUCCUGGCAGCCUCGUACAGCUUGCAGUACCCGGAAAGGGUGAAACAUCUAAUCCUGGUGGAUCCUUGGGGCUUCCCCACACGGCCAUCUGAUCCAGCUCAGGUCCGAACUGCUCCAACUUGGAUCAAGGCUGUAGCGACCGUGUUGGGACGGUCAAACCCUCUGGCUGUCCUCCGAGUUGCAGGACCUUGGGGUCCUGGGCUGGUCCAGCGGUUCCGUCCAGAUUUUAAGCAGAAAUUUGCCAAAUUUUUUGAUGACGAUACCAUCUCUGAAUACAUCUAUCACUGCAAUGCCCAGACACCGAGUGGGGAGGCAGCGUUCAAGGCCAUGACCGAAUCCCUAGGAUGGGCCCGCCGUCCCAUGUUGGAACGCAUCCACAUGAUCCGGCGUGACCUGCCCAUCACCCUCAUCUAUGGAGCCAAUUCCUGGAUUGAUACCAGCACUGGGGAGAAGGUCAGGGACCUACGACCAGGGUGCUACGUUAAUGAUAUGGCCAUCCCUGGAGCCUCCCACCACGUCUACGCUGACCAACCCAGGGCCUUCAACGCUGCAGUGGAACAAAUCUGCAACGCCGUGGACUGACCGCCGAAGCUGGAGUGGAAAAAAUAGUUUCUAUCCUUGCCACCUUAUCGCUCAGCUGCGGGGAAGACGAAGAAGGCACACGCCACUUUCCGUGCCCCCGGGGAGCCGAAACUGAAAUCCCCGUGGAUCUGACUACAGAUGGAUCUCCGGGGAUCUCUACUGUCCAGCCUG